UCGUGCAUCUGAGUUCAGUAUGACGUGUGUAGUGAUUGUUGGUCAUUAGCUUAAAUUAGGAUAAGUAGCUGACUGUCACGUAUAGAUCAAUCGAAAGUGCGAGUCGUCAACCGGCAAUCAUGGAAUCGAAUCGGACGCUAAUGCUGAUCAUUGGGCUUGUACUGGGUGCAGGGGCCAUACUGGCAGCCGUCCUGUGCGGGGUACUUAUCGACAACUCCGACGAGCCGGUCUACGUCCCCAUCACCGGUGGCUACGUGGAGAUCAGACACGGAGACGAGGUCGUUCUCAGCGGCCAGGUGGGAAUGCAGCUGGAUGGGUCCAGCGUGGAGUGCUCUAGCGAAGGAGAGAAUGUAAUCCAAUGCUUCGAGUGGGAGCAGAAAGCAAGGUUAGAAGUCAGACGAGAAGUAGAAGAUGACAUUACAUGCCGACGCAUGAGCUGGCAAGCGAUGACGCCCGACAUCGUCCUCUAUGACUGCUACGAACUGGGUGAUGACCAGUGGUUCGGCAGCGCCAAUAGGUUCUAUCAACAUUGGCCAAUCAACGAGUGGAACGAAGCAAUGACCAUGUAUGUCUCUGGUGAUAUGUAUGCCAAUUACAACGACUAUGGCUCCGUGCUCGAACGGUACUGGCUGUCGUCAAAGGGUGUGGCUAUUCGAGCAUCGCAUAAUUCGCCACUUCAUGUGAGUUUGAACUACAACGAUGACGGCCUCGUUUGUUUCAAAGGAGAAUACAAAUCAUCUUACUACCCAACACCAGAAGAUUCUUCAAGCGCUUUUCUGGAUUACACAAUCUGCACUGGUGAGAAUACCAGAGUGAUUCAUGACUACAUGACGGAAAGAUUCGUAAAGAAACCUACUGGUUUGCCAGAUACUCGUAUGAUGGGUUCUCCAAUUUGGUCCACCUGGGCAAGGUUCAAGACAACUGUCAAUCAGUCACUUGUUCUAAGCUUCGCAGAUGAAAUCAUAGCUAACGACUUCAGCAACAGUCAGAUAGAGAUUGAUGAUGGGUAUGCUGGAAUAAAUUACGGCGAUUUCUUCUUUGACUCCGAAAAGUUCCCCGAUGCCGUCCAGAUGAUCAAAGAGCUCCAUGACAAAGAUUUCAGAGUCACGCUUUGGGUAACACCUUUCGCCAAUAUACUAACUGAUGCUUUCACUGAAGGUGAUGAGAAUGGGUACUGGGUGAAAAAUGAAGAUGGUUCUACAGCUUUGAUAAGAUGGUGGGCAGGAAUACAGGCUGGAAUGCUCGAUGUCACGAAUCCCAACGCCGUCACCUGGUUUGUCAACAGGCUUGAGGAUGUCCGUACCCAGUAUGGCAUCGAUUCCUUUAAGUUUGACGCAGGCGAAACCAACUAUUUAGGAUAUCACAAGACUAUGGAACAAAUCGUCAACCCUUGCGAGUACACAACAGGCUGGGUAAAGCUUGCGGCUCAACUGGGAUCACAGAUUGAAGUUCGAGUAGGCUUUGAGACACAGGACCAACCAAUCUUUGUAAGGAUGAUGGAUAAAGACUCUCAAUGGGGUUGGAACAACGGCCUGAAAACACUCAUAACAUCUGCCUUAUCCUUCAGUGUUCUAGGAUAUCCAUACGUCUUGGCGGAUAUGAUAGGAGGCAACGUGUAUGAAGGAGGCUUUCGAGAGACCUAUCUCCCAGACAAGGAACUUUUCAUUCGAUGGCUCCAGAUUACAGCAUUCAUGCCGUCUAUGCAAUAUUCAAUCGCACCAUGGCAGUACGAAGAUGACCCGGAAGUAGUCACUAUAUCUCGCAGAUGGACUAGCUUCCAUGAGAACGUUAUUACACCGAUACUGAUUGAUCUGGCAGAGACGGAAGCAAUUCCUGAAGGAAAACCGAUGAUUCGACCUCUCUGGUGGAUCGCACCAACGGAUCGAGACGCUUUGAUCAGUGAUGACCAGUUCCUAGUAGGAGACGACAUAUUGGUAGCGCCCAUCGUCAAAAAUGGUACUCUUUCUCGCGAUGUGUACCUACCACCUGGCCGAUGGCAAAAUGCCAUCGACGGGGUGAUGUAUGAGGGAAGACAAUGGCUAUGGAAUGUAUCCGUACCUCUUUCAGAGGCUCUCUAUUUUACCAGGGAAGGAACAGCCUUACCCAUCCCUGCAGAUCGUAAUAUCAAAAUACAACAUAAUGAAGAGGUCGUACUAAAAGGCCAGAUUGGGACUCUGCUUGGAAACUCAGCCAUAGAUUGUUCCGGCCAAGAAGAGGAUGAUCAGUGUUACGAGUGGUCUUCCAAAGCCCGUUUACAUAUCCUGUCAGAAAGCGACGGCGACGUCAGGUGCCAUCAGUUUGGUUGGCAAGCAAUGACAAACGACGUUAUUCUUCAGGACUGUUUCGAACUUGGCGAUGACCAGUGGUUCGGCAGCGCCAAUAGGUUCUUUCAACAUUGGCCAAUCAACGAGUGGAACGAAGCAAUGACUAUGUAUGUCUCUGGUGAUAUGUAUGCCAAUUACAACGACUAUGGCUCCGUGCUCGAACGCUACUGGCUGUCGUCGAAAGGCGUAGCUAUACGAGCAUCGCAUGGUUCCCCCUUGCAUGUUAGUCUCAACUACGACAACGACAACAUGGUUUGCUUCAGAGGAGAGUUUGGAUCAUCAUACUAUCCCAAUCCGAGCAACGGGUCGGCUUUUCUCAAUUAUACUAUCUGCACUGGUGAGAAUACCAGAGUGAUUCAUGACUACACGACGGAAAGAUUCGGAAAGAAACCUACUGGUUUGCCAGAUACUCGUAUGAUGCGUUCUCCAAUUUGGUCUACCUGGGCAAGGUUCAAGACAACUGUCAAUCAGUCACUUGUUCUAAGCUUCGCAGAUGAAAUCAUAGCUAACGACUUCAGCAACAGUCAGAUAGAGAUUGAUGAUGGGUAUGCUGGAAGAAAUUACGGCGAUUUCUUCUUUGACCCCGAAAAGUUCCCCAACCCCGUCCAGAUGAUCCAAGAGCUCCAUGACAAAGAUUUCAGAGUCACGCUUUGGGUAACACCUUUCGCCAAUGUACUAACUGCUGCUUUCACUGAAGGUGAUGAGAAUGGGUACUGGGUGAAAAAUGAAGAUGGUUCUACAGCUUUGAUAAGAUGGUGGGCAGGACUACAGGCUGGAAUGCUUGAUGUCACGAAUCCCAACGCGGUCACCUGGUUUGUCAACAGGCUUGAGGAUGUCCGUACCCAGUAUGGCAUCGAUUCCUUUAAGUUUGACGCAGGCGAAACCAACUAUUUAGGAUAUCACAAGACUAUGGAACAAAUCGUCAACCCUUGCGAAUACACAACAGGCUGGGUAAAGCUUGCGGCUCAACUGGGAUCACAGAUUGAAGUUCGAGUAGGCUUUGAGACACAGGACCAACCAAUCUUUGUAAGGAUGAUGGACAAAGACUCUCAGUGGGGUUGGAACAACGGCCUAAAAACACUCAUAACAUCUGCCUUAUCCUUCAGUGUUCUAGGAUAUCCAUACGUCUUGGCGGAUAUGAUAGGAGGCAACGUGUAUGAAGGAGGCUUUCGAGAGACCUAUCUCCCAGACAAGGAACUUUUCAUCAGAUGGCUCCAAAUUACAGCAUUCAUGCCGUCUAUGCAAUAUUCAAUCGCACCAUGGCAGUACGAAGAUGACCCGGAAGUAGUCACUAUAUCUCGCAGAUGGACUAGCUUCCAUGAGAACGUUAUUACACCGAUACUGAUUGAUCUGGCAGAGACGGAAGCAAUUCCUGAAGGAAAACCGAUGAUUCGACCUCUCUGGUGGAUCGCACCAACGGAUCGAGACGCUCUGAUCAGUGAUGACCAGUUCCUAGUAGGAGACGACAUAUUGGUAGCGCCCAUCGUCGAAAAUGGUACUCUUUCUCGCGAUGUGUACCUACCACCUGGCCGAUGGCAAAAUGCCAUCGACGGGGUGAUGUAUGAGGGAAGACAAUGGCUAUGGAAUGUAUCCGUACCUCUUUCAGAGGCUCUCUAUUUUACCAGGGAAGGAACAGCCUUACCCAUCCCUGCAGAUCGUAAUAUCAAAAUACAACAUAAUGAAGAGGUCGUACUAAAGGGCCAGAUUGGGACUCUGCUCGGAAACUCAGCCAUAGAUUGUUCCGGCCAAGAAGAGGAUGAUCAGUGUUACGAGUGGUCUUCCAAAGCCCGUUUACAUAUCCUGUCAGAAAGCGACGGCGACGUCAGGUGCCAUCAGUUUGGUUGGCAAGCAAUGACAAACGACGUUAUUCUUCAGGACUGUUUCGAACUUGGCGAUGACCAGUGGUUCGGCAGCGCCAAUAGGUUCUUUCAACAUUGGCCAAUCAACGAGUGGAACGAAGCAAUGACUAUGUAUGUCUCUGGUGAUAUGUAUGCCAAUUACAACGACUAUGGCUCCGUGCUCGAACGCUACUGGCUGUCGUCGAAAGGCGUAGCUAUACGAGCAUCGCAUGGUUCCCCCUUGCAUGUUAGUCUCAACUACGACAACGACAACAUGGUUUGCUUCAGAGGAGAGUUUGGAUCAUCCUACUAUCCCAAUCCGAGCAACAAAUCGGCUUUUCUCAAUUAUACUAUCUGCACUGGUGAUGACACCAGAGUUGUGCACGAUUACAUGACAGAUAGAUUCGUGAAAAAACCGACGGAUUUGCCUGAUACCAGAAUGAUGCGUUCUCCAAUUUGGUCCACCUGGGCCAGAUUCAAGACAGCAGUCAACCAAACGCUUGUUUUAGGUUUCGCAGACGAGAUCAUCUCCAAUGGAUUUAACAACAGCCAGAUAGAGAUUGAUGAUGGGUAUGCUGGAAGAAAUUACGGCGAUUUCUUCUUUGACUCCGAAAAGUUCCCCGAUGCCGUCCAGAUGAUCAAAGAGCUCCAUGACAAAGAUUUCAGAGUCACGCUUUGGGUAACACCUUUCGCCAAUAUACUAACUGAUGCUUUCACUGAAGGUGAUGAGAAUGGGUACUGGGUGAAAAAUGAAGAUGGUUCUACAGCUUUGAUAAGAUGGUGGGCAGGAAUACAGGCUGGAAUGCUCGAUGUCACGAAUCCCAACGCCGUCACCUGGUUUGUCAACAGGCUUGAGGAUGUCCGUACCCAGUAUGGCAUCGAUUCCUUUAAGUUUGACGCAGGCGAAACCAACUAUUUAGGAUAUCACAAGACUAUGGAACAAAUCGUCAACCCUUGCGAGUACACAACAGGCUGGGUAAAGCUUGCGGCUCAACUGGGAUCACAGAUUGAAGUUCGAGUAGGCUUUGAGACACAGGACCAACCAAUCUUUGUAAGGAUGAUGGAUAAAGACUCUCAAUGGGUUGGAACAACGGCCUGA